CAUUCUCCUUUUUAUUUUAAUCUUCUGGAAUGUUCUAGUUCAUUGUUUCCUUGUUUCAGAACACAGCUGAGAAACAUGAGUUCUGGAGGGUACGCUGUAGAGGUUACGGGCCUCUCUCCGAACGUCACCGACAAGGAUGUCCGUGACUUCUUUGCUUUCUCUGGUGUCAUUGAGACUGUUGAAAUUAUCAGGUCUGGGGAUUAUGCUUGUACUGCUUAUGUGACGUUCAAAGAUGCAUAUUCACAAGAAACUGCAUGCUUGCUCAGUGGAGCCACUAUUUUAGAUCAACGCGUAUGCAUAACACGCUGGGGGCAUUAUGAAAAUGAGUUUGACUUUUGGAACCGGCCCUCUUACAGUCACGGGGACGAGGCUGCUUCAACUACACCACAGAGCAGUCAAUUUAUUUCCUCUGCUGGAGAAGCAGUCACCAUGACCCAGGAAGUCGUAAAGACCAUGCUAGCAAAGGGAUAUGUUCUGAGCAAGGAUGCGCUAGCUAAGGCUAAAGACUUUGACGAGUCUCAUCAGGUUUCUGCCACUGCAACAGCAAAGGUUUCUGAACUGAGCCAGAAAAUUGGCCUCACAGAUAAGAUAUCUGCUGGUAUUGGAGCUGUUAAAUCUGUGGAUCAGAGAUAUAAUGUCUCUGAAACAACCAUUGCGGCAGCAUCCACGGCGGGAAGAUCAGUAGCGGCGGCUGCAAACACUUUGGUAAACAGCAGCUAUUUUUCAAAAGGUGCUUUGUGGGUGUCAGGUGCUCUAAGUAGAGCUGCUCAAGUUGCUUCUGAUUUGGGUACUCGCAGGGAUAGACAGUAAAUAAAGCAUGAAAAUAUUAAACACUCUGUUGUAGAUAGAUAUCUCUGCCUCUGCUAAAUGCCUGGUGAAACUUCAUUUAGUAAUAUUGUUGCACUUCUACAGUGCCUAACUCUUGUUCAAAUAAAUUUCUUUGUAAACACUUGUAGAAGAAAGCUAAUAUGCUGUCUAAAAUCGUCUUAUUUACUCAUAUUUUAAAUACAAGUUUUUCCUUUA